AUAAACAACGUGCUGUGGACGAGAACGUAAACCAAUUUUUGAUUUAGAAAAUAUUCAUUAGCAAGGUUCAACAAUGUACCUUAUGUACGAUAGCAAUGAGCAGGGCGAACGCCUUUACACACUGAAGAAGCAUAACUCUGCCGGUACACCAACACAAUCGGCACACCCGGCGCGAUUUUCACCGGAGGACAAGUUCUCUCGGCAUCGUAUUAUCAUCAAGAAACGAUUCGGACUAUUGUUAACUCAAAAGCCCGAACCUAUUUACUAAUAAUUGAAUAGUUACUUAAUAAAGUUUGAGAUAAA